AUGUAAUCAAUUAGGGCAUAGAGAAUGAAAAAAAUAAUUCAAGUUCAAGGAGAAGUUGGAUAACAUAAAGGCUACACAGAUAUAAAAAUAGUUGGAAAUGCUCAUGAAUUAAUAAGAAAAAGUAAAUCAACUGCUAUAAAUAUUUGUGAUUUAGCUAUACAAGAUGUUACUAAGAAACUUUUGCAAGAUUAAUUCAACUCAAUCAAGAGUUAUGAUAUAGCAAGAGGUGAAGAAAAACCUGGUCAAUAAUUUAAGUCUAUGCAUAGUAUGUACGAUUUGUAAACAUUGAAGAUUACAAAAUUAUAUAAGAAAAAAGAAAAGAAUGAACUUGAGAAAUAAAUCAGAAAUCAAUUAGCAAAAGAUCCUGAUAAACAACUGUUAUUAUCAGAAAUAUAUGAAUAAUUGGAAGAUAAUUCAGAUGGAGAGGUUCUAAAAAAGAAACAAAAAAAUAGAGAAGAAUCUUUGGCUACUCAAUUAGAAGAGUAUGAUGAAUCAUAAGAUUAAUCAGCAGAUCUUAAAUUAUGGACAAAAAGGUUGAAAGAAAAAAAGAAAAAAGAAGUAAGCAAACAAGAAGAUAGUAGUACUCUAAAUAUAAUACAAGAAAGAAAUAAAUAAAGAGCAUCAACUGAAAUUAAGAAGCCUAUUUAAUAUUAACAAUCAAUGAAAUAAUUACCUCUUGAUAGACAAAAUUCAACAUAAAAUUCGAUCCCAUCUUCAAAUACUCCUAGAUCCUAUAAAGAUGUUAUGAAGAAGGCUGUUUAAAAAGUUAAAUAAUUAAAGAGUUUAAAUGAAGAUCUAAGUGUAGAACGUUCUGUUGAACAAUACAUCUAAAAAGCUUCAGCAGUUGCUUUAAGUGAAUUGAAAGAAAUUGGAGAACUUAAUGUAGAUGAAGAAAAAGGGUUAACAACUAAUUUUGAUUAUACUAGUGAAGGUGUAUAAAGAAUGUAUAAUACUUUGGUUAAAGUCUAGAUGUCUCAAUUUAAAUCAGAAGCUGAAAAAGCCAAGUUUUAUAAAAAAUAAACUUAACUCAUAGUUAAUAAAUUGGUAUAUAAGAUUAAAUAAAAUGAUAUUAUUAUUAAUGCAAGAGUUGUAACUUAAGAUAAAUUAAGAUUAGAAACACAUGAAUUUCAUGAAAAAAUAAAUUAAAUUAAAUAAUUAACAGAGUAAUUAUUAAAAGAAAUUAAUGAUUUAAAAGAUCCUAAAACUUAAAGCAGUCUGAAUAAAUCUAGAAUGUCUCUAGUAAAUUAAUUUAUGAAUCAAUAAAAUAAAUAAAAAGAAUUAGACUAAGACAUCUAAAUUCUUAGAGAUAGCAAAAAGGCAUAUAAAUAAAAGAUACUAUUCAAUUAAAAAACUUUAGAUUAAAUAGAUUAAGAUAUUCAUACUAAAAAAAAAGAAAAUAAAUCUUUCUCAAGAUGUUUAGUGAGUUUUUAUUAUUAAAUACUAAAAAAUGGAUAGGAUGUUAGAGCAACAGGAAUAGCAUGGGUUAUUUCCAAAUUAAUUUCUUUAAGUGAAAAAUGCCAUUAUUCAUCUAUGCCUAAUUAUUUGGAUUAAAAAUCAAAAGAAUACUUGCUUUAAGUAUUUAUUAAUUACAUAUAAGAAAGCAACAAUGUUAUCAGAUAUUGAACAGUUAGAAAAAGAACUGAGUGAAUCGUUUAAACAAUAUAAAUAAGAACAAUCCCUUGAUAGUAGUUAGGCUAUUAUGUAAUAAAGUUUAUCUUAUAAUGAUUCGUUGGAAGCUUUAUCUUUGCCUUCUAUAUUUCCUUUUGAUAGCCAUAAAUUAUCUUCAAUAGACUUAUAGUUAGCGCGACAAGAGGCAGCUAAAAGUUGUAGGAAUAAUUACUAAUUGGAAAAUUUAGGACCAAUUACUGUAGGAUUGUCUAAUGAAGAUAUUGAAAGUUUAGAGAAUAUGAUAACCAAGCUUAACUAAUAAAAUUAGCCUGUUAAUAAUGGUACAUUGAUUUAUAAAGAAACUCAAAAAAGAAUUAAAUAGUAAAUCAAGUAAAAAGGGCAAAAUGAUGUCUCAUAAAUUAAUGAUUAAUCUGCUGUUCUAAAAGAAUAAGCUAUUCAUUCUUACGAUAAAUGCAAUACAUAAUUAAAUAAAAUUAAAUUAAAAGUAUCAUUUUAACUUUAUAAAGCUUCAACAUUUAGAAGAUGAAUAAGUAAUUAGAAUAGUAAAAGAAUUCGAUUAUAAGAACUAUGGCAAAAGAUUCAAUAUAGAUCCAAUUACUGUGAUAUCAUGUCUUGUGGGAGGAGCUCGAUGCGAUAGAGAAAUUGUGAAAUAUGGAAUCAAAAAAAUCCACUAUGAAUGA